AUGGUCCCUCUAAGCCAGUAUCUGCUGCUCGCAGCUCUGCCCUUCACCAUCGCGGACGGGCAAUACCGCUCGCGUCCCGAUCUCGCACCCCCAAAGCUGAACAUCACCGUCCCGGCCCCCGAUGCUAACGGUACCGAGUAUGUGUUUAUCGCUCCCUACUCGGAGUCUAUCCAACAGGGCGGCGCAUACAUCUACCGCAAGGAUGGAGACCUAGUCUGGUCAGGGAUCGGGUACUACGAAGGCUUUGUCGGUAACUUUCACGUGACGACAUACCAUGGCGAAACCGUGCUGCAGGGCUUCCAUGGUACAAUCGACUCGUCGCAUGGCGAGGGCUUCGGUCAGCAUCUGAUCCUGAAUCACAACUAUGAGCACGUGGUAUCUGCGAAGACAGGCAACCAUCGCAUUCCUUCUAUCCACGAGUUCAACGUCAUCGAUGGAAAGACAGCACUGGUGGAGAUUUACAUCCCCACUCUAGCCAAUUUAUCCGCCUACGGCGGAAAUGCAUCGCAGAAAUGGAUCGGAGAUGGGCUUUUCCAAGAAUUCGACAUCGAAACCGGCGAACUCAUCUUCGAAUGGAACUCUCUCGACCACGUCAACCCCUCCGACAGCCUAAUCACCCUCAACUCCUCCCCCAGCGAAAGCGGCCUCUCCGCCACCCAAACAUGGGACUACAUCCACCUAAACAGCGUCGACAAAGACUCAUCCGGAAAUUACCUCCUCUCCUCCCGCCACUUCAGCACCAUUUUCAAGAUCAACGGUUCCGAUGACUCAAUCAUCUGGCAACUCGGCGGUAACCACUCAACCUUCACCUACAACUUCACCUUUGGCUUCCAGCACCACGCCCGCUGGCACCACCAAUCCGAAACCACCGAGAUCAUCUCCUUCUUCGACAACUCCGGCGACGGAUCCAUCACCUUCAACAACGUCUCCCGGGCUCUCAUCGUCGAACUAGACCACACCACCCACACAGCCACCAUCCUCCGCAAAGCAACAGCCCCGUACAACCUCCAGGCCGCAUCCCAAGGCAACGCGCAGCUGCUGCCCAACGACCAUAUCUUCGUGAAUUGGGGAUCGGCGGGCGCGAUCACGGAAUUUGAUGCCAAUAAUAAGGUUAUUUACCAUGCGUUUAUUGAGAACGCGGUCAGUUAUCGUGGGUUCUUGGGGAAUUGGACGGGGACUCCGUAUGAGGUUCCGGCGAUUACGGCGUAUGUGGAUUCGGAUGGUACUAUCCGGUUGUAUGGUUCGUGGAAUGGGGAUACGGAGACGAAAGAGUGGAGGUUUUAUCGGGCGGGGGAGGGGAAUAGUACGUUUCUUGGGGCGGUGGAGAGGAAGUCGUUUGAGACGAGUUUGUUGUGGGUGGAUGAGAGGGGGUAUUAUGCUGAGGCUGUGGGGGUGGGAGGGAGGGUUUUGGCCAAGACGCAUUCUGUGGUUGCUACGAAGUAUAUUAGUGUGUAG